AUGUAUCUAUCUAUUUAUCUAUCUAUCUGUUUAUAUCUUUCUAUCGAUCUAUUUCUUUUCAUAUCUAUCGAUCCAUCUGUCUAUCUAUCUAUCUAUCUAUCUAUCUAUCUAUCUAUCUAUCUAUCUAUGUGUGUUCAUAUCUAUCUAUUUCUGUUCAUAUCUAUCUAUCUAUCUAUCUAUCUAUCUAUCUAUCUAUCUAUCUAUCUAUGUGUGUUCAUAUCUAUUUCUGUUCAUAACUAUCUAUCUAUCUAUCUAUUCAUAUCUUCUAUCGAUCUAUUUCUUUUCAUGUCUAUCUAUCUAUCUAUCUAUCUAUCUAUCUAUCUAUCUAUCUAUCUAUCUAUCUAUGUGUGUCCAUAUCUAUAUAUGUCUGUUCAUUUCUAUCUAUCUAUCUAUCUAUCUAUCUAUCUAUCUAUCUACUUAUUUAUUUAUGUAUUCAUCUAUUUCUUAUGUCUAUCUGUCUAUCUAUCUCUUGUAUUUUGUUCAUAUCUAUCUCAGUUUGUUCAUAUCUAUCUAUCUAUCUAUCUAUCUAUCUAUCUAUCUAUCUCAUUCUGCUUAUAUAUGUAUCUAUCUCUCCAUUUUGAUUUAAAGCCAUGGUCGAAGCCGGUUCCCGUCCCGCCGGCGCUUCAGAAGUCGACCUCGCUCGUCCAGUCGAAACAAGGAUGCCACGACUUCUAUGUGUUAUUACCACCGCCGAUUUGGGUCUGCAGCACACUACUGCACCAAGCCGUGUACCUAUACUGCGGUCGCGGAAAACAAGACCGCCAGCGAGUGAAAGCGACUAAUCUCGCUGGCAAGGCAUUUUCACCGAAGCUUAGUCGCCUUUUCUAUGUGACGGAUACACGUAAUAAUUUACGUUUUUUGGUUGACACCGGCGCUGCCAUUAGUGUUUUACCCGUGCGUGAUAAAGCACGUCAACAACCUUUCCAGCUCCGCUUACAAGCAGCAAAUGGUUCCAGUAUUAAUACUUACGGUACGAAGUCCCUUACCCUAAACAUAGGAAUGCGACGAGACUUUACCUGGAAUUUUACUGUUGCUGACGUCCAGAUGCCGAUAUUGGGUGCCAAUUUCCUGGCGCACUAUGAUCUAGCCGUUCGAAUGAACAAUCAUUCCCUAAUAGACAACUUAACAAGACUGUGUGUUCUUGGCACUUAUUCUAAACUUACCACCACUGGCAUCACCGUGGCAACGUGCCACAAUAAAGAGUAA